CGCAUACUUAUAUUCAAACAGUAAAAGGUAACUGAUUAUUUAUUCCUCCAAUAUCCUUCUAUAACUACUUGUGAGCAAAAAUCAACUUAAACUCCUCAUAGACUGUUGCCCUCCCUCUCUCUCACGUAGACACACAGAUCAUGGGUUCUGAAACAGUGGGCCAAAUUCCUCUUGUGGAUUUAUCCAGUGAACACCUGAACCCAGGUUCAAGUUCCUGGCGUUCAGCUUGCAAUGAUAUAAGGAAGGCACUGGAACAAUAUGGCUGUUUUGAAGUAGUUUACAAUAACCCUUCUAUUGAAUUUCACAACAGAGUUCUUGCCUUGCUCGAGAAAUUAUUCCAGCUCCCUCAAGAGAUCAAAAUGAAAAAUGUGAACCCCAAGCCUGCCCAUGGCUACAUGGGAAAAAUGUCCAUCUUCCCUAUUCAUGAAGGCAUGGGAAUUGAGUAUGCAAACGAUAAAGAUGAAUGUCAAAAGUUCACUAAUCUGAUGUGGCCAGAGGGCAAUGAUCAUUUCUGUGACACAGUUCACUCCUAUGCAAAGAUGGUAACUGAACUGCAGCAGCUGCUAGUGAAAAUGCUUUUCGAAAGCUAUGGUAUAGAGAAACACAGCGAAUCGCACAUCAAGUCAACAACUUACCUUCUACGUUUGUUGAAAUACAGAAGAUCACAAGCAGAGACUAAUCUUGGUUUCAAGGGUCACACUGACAAGAGCUUCUUGUCCAUACUUCAUCAGAAUCACGUUAAGGGUCUAGAGAUAAGAAUGAAAGAUGGAAAUUGGGUUUCUUAUGAGCCUUCCUCGCACACCUCUUUUGUAGUCGUAGCUGGUGAUGUCGGCAUGGCAUGGAGCAAUGACAGAAUAAAAUCUUGUUACCACCGAGUAACUGUGGAUGGUGAAGAAGUUCGAUAUGCACUUGGCCUGUUUUCAUUUCUAACUGGAUUGGUAAAGGUCCCAGAAGAGCUAAUUGAUGAGGAACAUCCAUUACAAUAUAAGCCAUUUGAACAUCAAGGGCUUCUUGAUUUCUAUCAGUCAAACAAUUCUCAAAACAAAGGCGACAGCAACAUGGUCAAAGCUUAUUGUGGAGUUUAACUAAGGCCUGUUUUGUGUUUCACUGUUGUAUGUUUGUUUCCUGACUUACCUUUGCUCCAAAAAGCUUUAUAUCAAAUAAUCGUUGUGCUUCUUUUGUAAACAUUCAGAGUGGCCUGAGAUAUGGUAAGGAUUGUUGUCUCCUGUUGCUAAUUACCGGAAAAGGGAAUAAGAACACUAUUAGUUUAUAUCUCA